CUUUCUUCUAGGGUUUACGCCGUUCGCAGGUUUCAGAGGUACCCAGCAAACUCCAAGAGCAGCCUGCGCAAAUGGCUCCGAAAAGAGGUGUCAAAGCUCCAGUCGCAGCGAAGAAGAAGACGGAGAAAGUGGUGAACCCACUGUUCGAGAAACGUCCCAAGCAGUUUGGGAUUGGAGGGGCAUUGCCACCAAAGAGAGAUCUUACCCGUUUCGUCAAAUGGCCCAAGGUUGUUCAAGUUCAGAGGAAGAAAAGGAUCCUCAAGCAGAGGUUGAAGGUUCCACCAGCUUUGAACCAGUUCACCAAGACCCUAGACAAGAACCUGGCUACCAGCCUGUUCAAGAUGCUUCUCAAGUAUAGGCCAGAAGACAAAGCAGCAAAGAAGGAGCGCCUUUUGAAGAGGGCACAAGCAGAGUCUGAGGGAAAAACUGUUGAAGCCAAAAAACCUAUUGUUGUGAAAUAUGGUCUCAACCAUGUCACCUACCUCAUUGAGCAGGUCUUGUUCCCUGCCACUUGCAUGUGUUUUAUAUUCCUUGUCAAUGUGAGUUUGUGUAAUGAUUUUUGUUUUUCAAUUGCAUUUUGCUUGCAGAACAAAGCCCAGCUUGUUGUUAUCGCACAUGAUGUUGACCCAAUAGAGUUGGUGGUUUGGCUGCCUGCAUUAUGUAGGAAGAUGGAAAUCCCAUAUUGCAUAGUGAAGGGCAAAGCACGCUUGGGAUCGAUUGUCCAUAAGAAAACUGCAUCAGUUUUGUGCUUGACAACAGUCAAGAAUGAAGAUAAAUUGGAGUUCAGCAAGGUGCUAGAGGCAAUCAAGGCCAACUUCAAUGACAAGUAUGAUGAGUACAGGAAAAAGUGGGGCGGCGGCAUCAUGGGUUCCAAAUCCCAGGCCAAAACUAGGGCGAAAGAGAGGCUCCUUGCAAAAGAAGCUGCUCAAAGGAUGAAUUAAAUUUUGGUUGAUCUUGAAUUUGUUUUUUACUUAGGAUAAGAUUGUCCUAGUCUGGUUCUAGAAUUGUGAUUGUUCAAGUUUAUUUAGAUCAACCGCAGAGGUUUUGUUUCCUGAGGAUGUGUCUGAGGUUAAAGCUGCAAUGUUGUUUAGCUGUUUGGAUUAGACUUAUUCAUGGACAUGCCCUUUUUGUUAUGGCUGUUGGGCUUUCUAAUGAUUAUCAUUUAUUUUACAUUUCAUGAUUACAA